AUGAGAACCCUCGCCCUGCUCCUGUGCGUCGCCGCCGUCGCCGCAGUGCGCGUGCCGCCCUACCCGCUCGCGCCCGCCGCCUACAUCUACCGCAGCGACAACGGCGGCCCGCCCAGCCUCAUCCAGCUGGCGCCCGCGCCGCUGCCCUUCGUCAAUGCGCAGCCCAUCGCCAUCGAAGACGCCGAGGAGGACGCCGAGAGCUACGAUGACACCGAUGAACUCGACGGCGAGCUCGGUGGCGAAGGCGAAGCGCUGGCGCAGCUGUCGCACGAGCGCGGUGGCGGCAGCAGCUACGACGAAGCGCACCGCAGCGCGCACGGCGAGAAGGGCAGCAAAGGCUACUCGAGCGAGGGACACCACGCCAAAGGAGCUUCCGGCGACUACGGCGAGCGACAUCACGAAGGACACUACCACGAGAGCGGCGGCAAGAAGGGCGAGCAUCACGACGAGGCGGACUCCCACGGCUCGCACCACCAAUCCGGCAAAAGUUACAAGGGCGGCGACCACGGCCACAAAAAGCACUUCAGCAAGGGCGAGGACGUGAGCGGCUACCGCAAGGUGUUCAGCAAAGACGAGUACAAGAAGGACCACGACUUCUACGACGAGGCGGCGAAGGACGGCCACUUCCACAAGCACGGCUAUCAAAAAGCGCACCACGGGGCUGCGAAGGGCGCGCACGCGGCCGGCGGGAGCGCGGCGGCCGGCCACGACGAGGACGACUACGGCAAAGCGGGCUACCGCACGGACGGGCGCGUGGACGAGGCCGACGCGGCGCACUCGGCGGAGCGCGGCGAGGACGAGCACUACCACAAGCACGAGGAGCACGGACACAAGGGCGCCAGCGACGAGGGCAGCGCGUACCAGUACGUCGACGGCGACGAAGACGACUGA